CGGGUUAGGGUGCUACCGAGUGCGGGAUGGCUAGGGAGCUUCUCCGAGCCGACGGACGAGGCUCCGCGGCUCGGCCCCUGCUGACGAAAUGGCGCCCCAAGACCGACCGGUAGCGGCACCCCCCUCCGCCAUGCGCAAGCGCGGCACCCGAAAGCGUCUCAAGUUUCGGGCCGACGACGUCUGCUUGGAGCGCGUGACCGUGGCUGACUACGCCAACUCGGACCCUGCCGUGGUGAAAUCUGGGCGCGUGAAAAAGGCGGUGGCCAAUGCGGUGCAGAAGGAAGUAAAAUCGCUCUGUGGUGUGGAAGCAUCUUGUGUACCUACUGAUGAAGUAUUAUCAGUGGUAGAGUCCUGUGGUAGUAGUGAUGAAAUGGAUUCUAAGGAUACCAAUGAUACAAUAUUGACUAGAAAAAAGAAAAGCAAAAGACAUAAAGAAAAUUUGGAUGGGAUAGUAGGCAAAGAAUAUCCUAUUGAUAUUUGGUUGAUGCUGGCAUCCUACAUACGUCCAGAAGACACUGUGAAUUUUUCUCUCAUUUGUAAAAGAGCCUGGACUGUCACUUGCACUGCUGCCUUUUGGACCAGACUUUAUAAAAGGCACUACUGCAGGAAUGCAUACCUCCCAAUCCGUUUACAGCCAGAGUCAAUAGAAAAGAUGUACUGCCUCCGUGCAUGUGUAAUUCGCUCUUUAUACCAUAUGUAUCGACCUUUUGUUUCUCGGAUAUCCAGGAAUCCAGCUAUUCCAGAGUCUACUCCAAGCACUCUAAAAAAUUCAAAAUGCCUGCUUUUCUGGGCUAAAAAGGUUGACCGGCAGUCUUCACUGUGGGAAUUCAGCUUCAAAUUCCAAAAGCAGUCUCCCAAGUUCAGGAAUAAGUGUCUGAGACGACUUCAGCCACCAGUCCGAUAUGAAGAUGUACAUGUGAACCCUGACCAAGACUGCUGCUUACUACAGAUCACUACGCUUGAUUUUAUAUAUAUUCCUAUAGUCAUGGGGAUGACAGUUACCUUGUUCACAAUAAAUGUGAGCACUGACAUGAGACAUCACAGAGUGAAAAUGGUGUUCCACGAUUCACCAGUUUGGAGUGGCAAAAAACCAAGAUUUGACCAUGGAGUUCAAGUUAUAAUGGACCCUGUACACAGUGUGCGUCUUUUUGAUUGGUGGCACCCACAGUUUCCCUCUUCACACAUUUGAAGGUUCCAACACUGUUUACAUCAUAUGAACUGGAAAUACUUCAGGAAAUCUGAUUUUAUUUGUAGACAAUAUUCUGUGCUAUCUCUAUAAACAACUAAACUUGA